UAGCCGGGCGCGGAGCCCGCGCUGGGCCGACGGGAGCAGCGCAGGCGGGCGGCGGCGGAGUCCGAGCCGCCCGCCCCUCCGCGUCCUCGGCCCGGGGGUGGGAACCAUGGUGUUGGACCAGGAGGACGUUCAUAGUUCCUUGCAAUUCUGAGGCACAAAAGUAGGUGAGACUGCUUUUGUAUCUGCGAAGUGCUUCACUCCUGAAUGUAAUUCUAGCUGAGUGCAAUCUAGGUUAAGAGCCGGGCAAGCGGGUAAUUAGAGCCCGCUCGCUGCCCGAGGACCGGCCGCCCCGCCGAAGCGCGCCCGGAGCCGGCGCCCUUCUCCCGGCCGUGCCGAGCUGCGGCUGGACACGGAGCGCCCGAGAUGAUGGUGCUGGACAAGGAGGACGGUAUGCCGAUGCUCUCCGUCCAGCCCAAAGGGAAGCAGAAGGGCUGCGCGGGCUGCAACCGCAAGAUCAAGGACCGCUACCUGCUGAAGGCGCUGGACAAGUACUGGCACGAGGACUGCCUCAAGUGCGCCUGCUGUGACUGCCGCCUGGGCGAGGUGGGCUCCACGCUCUACACCAAGGCCAACCUCAUCCUGUGCCGGCGCGACUACCUGAGGCUCUUCGGCACCACAGGAAACUGUGCCGCCUGCAGCAAGCUGAUUCCAGCCUUUGAGAUGGUGAUGCGGGCCCGGGACAAUGUAUAUCACCUCGACUGCUUCGCCUGCCAGCUCUGCAACCAGAGAUUUUGUGUGGGAGACAAAUUCUUCCUGAAGAACAACAUGAUCUUGUGUCAGAUGGACUAUGAGGAGGGGCAACUCAAUGGCACCUUUGAGUCCCAGGUUCCGUAACGCCCGCCACCUGGCCUCCCGGCCCGUCUGCCCGCCUGCCCACCCGCCUGGCUGGCCAGCCACUCUCCCGCCGAUUAGAGCUCCUCUGUCCUCGAUGGGAGGAAUGGCCCUUCCUCCGCCGCCGCCCGUCUGUGUGUGACCCCUCCUGGGGCCAGGCUGGGCCUGUACAGUCUGUCUUCUGUAUAUAAAUGGGAACAUUUAUUUUAUGAGAAAUGUAAUGCGAUUUUAUUACUGGCGUGGAUUAAACUUAUGAAUGUUUCCGGGGA